UUGGUUCCACCACCGGUAUUAAAACAGAUUUUGAUUGGUCUAGCCAAUGUUCUACCGAGACAUAAGUUCCUUCCGGCAAACGUUUAAGCAUUUCUUCCAAACAAAGAAUCUGAGAGGAAAAAAGAACAAAAGAAUUUGAGAGGAUAACAAGUUUGGGCUUUUAGGGGAAAGAAACAAGUUUGUUAAUAAAUGGGCUUUAAAAACUUUUUUUUAUUAAAAGCCCAUAUUGGGUCGAUACCUUGGAAACCCUAAUCAUCGAACAAUAAAACCUGAUUUUAACGAAAGAAACUGAGCUGCGAAGGAGAAAAGCCGCAGCAUUUUUGACAUUCCACAAAGGGUUUUUUCUUCGUUCCUUGAGAUUUCGCCUCCGUGCUUUUGCUGAUCGGUUUAAGACUUUAAAAACAAUGGCUGGAUUUCCAGGUUUUAGUUACCUUGGUCCAAAAAGCAAGAACACGGUUGUAGCGGGAGGAUUAACGGCUUUUGUUUUUGGGGUAUACUUCUACACAAUGAGGGCUGUUGGUGGCACGGACGAACUUCAGGUGGCUAUUGACAAGUUCGAAGGCCAAAAACCAGUUGAGACUGACACCAAGGUUCCAUCUAAAGUCUAAUCCUCACCGGCUUGUUAUGUCCAACCAAACUCGUUGUUGUUUAUCUUUUGUCUUCAAAGUUCUUUACUUCACUCUCGUUCGUUAGAUUGGUAUCUGUGUUUGAGUCUCAGUCCAAUCCCUAAUUCAGUGUUUUAAACAAGAGAAUUCUGAUCAGGACAUGUUUUUAAUGUUCUUGACAAAUAGA